AUGGCCAAAGAGGACUCCUCCGGAUCCUCCUCCGAGAGCGAGGAGGACAAGGAGUCGCUGGAUGACAAGCUGAAGCGCAUCACGAAGCUGGGGAAGGAGGGCAAUGUCGAAGGCUUGGUCAAGGAGGCGAAGUUGGCAGACUGCUCACCGGAGAUGGUCUCCUUUGCUUCCCGAAAAGCCAAGGACCUGGGUAACUUAGCGUUCCAGAAGAAAGAGUACGAGCAGGCGUUGGAGUACUAUGCGGGCGCCUUGCUCGGGGAUGUCCCCGAGAAGUACAAGAUUUACAGCAAUCGCUCUGCUUGCCAGUUCCAGCUGGGGAGAUACACAGAGGCUCUGGUGGAGGCCACCAAGGCCAUCAAGGAGAACAGAUCCUGGUCCAAGGGCUACUUCCGAGCCGGCCGUGCGGCUUUGGAGAUGGAGUACUACCAGGAAGCCUUGGAGAUGUUCGAGAAAGGCCUUGAGAAGGAGCCAAGCAACAAGGACUUGGUCACCUGGACACAAAAAGCCAGGGACAUUCGCAAUCAGCAGCAGCAGGAGAAGCUCGUGAAAAAACAUACCACCGACUACUCCAAGUUCGAUUCCCUGAUGCAGCAGCAGAAGGAGGAGGAGGACGAGGAGGAGGCCGCAAACGACCCGAAUAGGAUCAUCCUCGGAGACAAGUACUACUCGUCCUCGAAGAUGGAACAACGGCAGCUGAAGGCCAUGCUUGGCUACAAGGAGCCUCCGCCGCCACCCUUCGAGCCGAAGUUUGACAUGGAUGUCAUCUACAGGCAUGAUAACCGUGGCGCCAAAACGCAGCAUCCCAUCUGGGAUCCCACGACUCGUGAAUGGCGCAUCGAUGCCAAGCCGGCGCCUAGCCGGGUUGACUACAGCGACUCCCAGCAAGCACAGGCCAUUGCCCUCUUCUUGGAAAGGCAAUCCGAGGUCCAGCAUGCCGACGAGCUGUUAAAUCUCGUGGAUCAGCGUGCCUCCCCUGUGGAAGCCUAUGUUCAGGCCAUACGAGAUGUCGUGGGGCAGCUGAUGGGUGCCACAGACAAAGAUGGAAAACGACAGAAGCACAGUGUCCUCGGGAACGAUGCACGGUGGCUUUUCGUUGGCCUCGGGUCUGCCCUGCCACUGCUGACGGCGGCGAGGUAUCUGCCGGCCUCGGAGAUCGUCGCCAACACGGCGCACCGGGGGGCCUACAUCGCGGACCUCUACAUGACCAUCGCAAGGGAGAACGGCUUAAAGUCGCAGCAGGUGAAGUUCGUGCACCGGCCGUCUCACGAGCUUGCGGUCGUGGAUCCCGAUGGGCCGGACGAGAACAACUUGACGGGCCGAGUGGAUGUCGCGGUUCUUGACUAUGAGCUGUUCGACCCGGGCUUGAUCGGCAAGGGUGUCUUGGCCAGGGUGAACCACGUGAAGAAGAAGCUGGUAACCUCCGAGCAUAUGAUCCUCCCCAUGGGUGCACAGAUCCUGUGCGCACCCUGCGAAAUCGUGUGCCCUCGCGGGGAUGGACCAGAUGGCCUGGACUGGCAGGCAGGUGACGACUCGCGGUGGGGUGCCUUCUACGAGGCAGGUAACUUCGACGGGGCCCUCCGUGAGCCCUGGCGCAGCCUUGGGCCCGUUCACGAGGUCUUCGAUUUCGACUUCACCGAGCAGGAAGUGAAGAUGAGUGGUCAGACGGAUCUGAGUUUUGUCGCAAAGGAAGAUGGCGUGCUAAACUGCAUCGUCUUCUGGUACAAAAU